UCAUCGUGUUAAAAAUUACGCUAUGAAAGGAAUUCAAUUUACUUAGUGAUCUAGAAAGUAAACAGUACUACUGUGCGUAGAUUUAAAUAUGUCACAAAAAGCUUAUGAAGACGCAUGUAUGCGUGCGGAAUUAUUUGGUCAGCCUAAGCCUGAUAAGGAAGAUUUUAUAGAAAAACAUAAAUAUUUAGAUGUAAAUGAAUUUGAAGACGUCGAUAUCAAAACUUUUGAGGACACAGCUAUGUUAAAUGAUGAAAAUAGAGAUACACCCAGUGGCCUAGGAGAAUUAAAUAACAUCCUUACGUCUACGCAUAGCAAGAUAAAUCGUCUGAAGGGCGUGUGUGGAACAGUCACGAAUUUCUUUCGAGUUAAAUUAGCAUCUAAAGAUUUAUCUUAUUCAAGUGAACCGAGCUACAUCGGACAAACUAAUUACGACAAAGAUUACGUACCACCAGGUAAUUCAGAAUUUUCAUCUGUCAACACCGGCCUUGGGCCCAGAGACAAUGAAAUGACUGCAAGCGCGGGAAAAAGGCAACAUGGCGGCGACAUAAAUUCCGCAAUAGAAGAUUUAAAAACUAUGCAGAAAGCUGAAAAUAGUUUUUCUUUUGGAGGAUUACUGCAAUAGUAGGUACCUACAUUUUGUAGCUUGAAAAAAAAAUUGUUGGAAGCUUUGCGAACUUUUGGGAUUUUAAAUAUGGGCAACAGUUUCAAUUUAUUACCGUAAAAAUUAAUUUACCAAAUAAUUAAUUGUACUAUUAUGUAUCAAUCCAAGCUUUAUAAAAUUGGAUUGUAUUUUUUAUUUGAAUAGUAAUACAACUAAGUAUAUUAUUAUUAUAAUUUCACGAUGAAAGGUACCCAAUUUAAAUUUUUAGUAGAGGCGUUAAAAUGUUUAAGUACAAUAUUAUUUCCGUUUAUAGUUUGUACAAUGAAAGCUGUGAUCCUUUAAUGUAAGAAAAAUGUAAGAAAAAAAUGAUAAUAGCUUUAAGCGAUUACAACUUUGCAAUUUUUUAGAUGUGUUAACAUUUAUAAAAUAUUUACUUAUGAUAUUAUUAUGUAAACGAUAUUCAGUCAUUUCCUGCCUAAUAUUACGUAGCUAGCUAGUACUGCUUUUCCAAUAGUUAAGUGAAAUUUAAUUAAUUAUUAUAUCAAUAUAAAUUUAUGGACAAUAGAAACAAUUCGAUCACGAGGCGGGAUUCGAACUUCGAGUAACUAACGCUACUCAUAGUUCAUACCUAACUAUAAAUAUUUGGUUUUAUAGUAGGUACCUAGUUACUUAUUAAACAUUCCGGCCUAACCUCCCAUAGCGAUAGUAUAAUUAAAUUACUUUACGUAAUACCUACCUAUAAUAUUUUGUAGUUAUAUUAUAAAACAAUUGCUUAGCAAUUUUAUAUAUAAAAAUGAAUCCCAAAAUGUGUUGGUAAGCGCAUAACUCGA